AUGCCCGGCCUGAUCUCGCGACUGCGACCGCGCCUGCAGCUUCCACGUCUGGCGGCGCGCGCAAGACUGCUGUCGACGCUCCCGAACACCCCGAUCUUCCGAGCUCUGCAGAGCCACGACCCGGCCAGUUUAGCUGUCGUACACAGCUUGAGCGAGCGCUCCUUUACAUAUGGAAGUCUGAUCGGCGAUGUUAUCCGCGCGAAGGAGCAGCUUGAAUACAAGACCACGGGCAAGCUGGCUGGGGAGCGAGUCGCUUUUUUGGCGGAGAAUAGCUAUGACUACGUAGUGACUAUGCUGGCUAUUUUUGCAAGCGACGCUAUUGCAUUGCCUUUAUCCCCGUCUUUCCCUAUUGGUGAACUGCAGUAUAUCUUGGACAACUCGGAGGCCAAGAUGCUCCUAGCGACGGAGAAAUAUGCCGACAAGGCAGAGCAGGUUCUUAAGGCUGGAUUGCAGCGGGACCCUUUGUUCGAUAUCAGACACAAGCUCAAGGAAGGCGCUCAGAAUGAGUCUGUUCAAUUGGAGAAUCUGAAGCAGCCUGCCUCUGGGGGUAUGAUGCUGUAUACAUCUGGGACUACGAAUCGACCGAAAGGAGUACUCAUCCCCGACUCCGCAAUUGCAGCACAAGCGACUUCCCUCCUCAAAGCAUGGAACUAUACACCUCAAGACCGACUACUCCACCUACUUCCACUCCACCACAUCCACGGCGUGGUCAACGCAAUCUUAACCCCGAUAUUCGCCGGCUCCUCCAUUGAAUUCAUGUACCCGUUCAACCCAGACCAAGUCUGGUGCCGCCUCGCUGCCCCAUUCACAAACGAACCCAAACCAAAAAUUACCUUCCUCACAGCCGUCCCAACAGUCUACAACCGCCUGAUGACAUCCUUUACCACCCUGCCAUUAGAAACCCAACAAGCCGCCAAACAAGGAAUAUCUCCAUCAAAUCUCCGCCUCAACAUCUCCGGCUCUGCGGCCCUUCCAACCCCCACAAAAACAAAAUGGACCUCCCUAAGCACUGGCAACAUCCUCCUCGAACGCUUCGGUAUGACGGAAGUAGGAAUGGCCAUAAGCUGCGGUCUUGACCCAAAUGACCGCAUCGAUGGAAGCGUAGGCUGGCCCUUACCAGGCGUACAAGCCCGUCUCGUCGACACAGAAACCGACGAAAUAAUCCCACUAGACAGUACUCGCGAAGGCGAGAUCCAACUCCGCGGUGAAACUAUCUUCCACAGCUACUGGGAUAAUGAGAAAGCCACAACUGAAAGCUUCGUCUCCGCUGACGACGGCGGGAAAUCGUGGUUUAAGACUGGUGAUGUCGCGACUAGACGGGUCGUUGAGGGGGCCGGGUCCGGAUCUAGUGGUGAAUGGGCGAAGGGUCCUAUGUAUUUCAUUCAGGGUCGGAAGAGUGUGGAUAUCAUCAAGACGGGCGGGGAGAAGGUUAGCGCGUUGGAGGUUGAGAGGGAGAUGCUAUCUCUGCCUCAAAUCGUAGAGGCUGCCGUCGUGGGUCUCCCCUCGGAAAAAUGGGGUCAAAAAGUCGCUGCUGUUGUCGUCCUCGGUGCUAAUGUGGCGAGUACGGGACGAAACGGCAAGGCGUGGGGACCGAUGGAUUUGCGACGAGCACUGAAGGAUCGAUUGGCUUUGUAUAAGAUUCCACAGGAGAUGAAAGUUUUAGAUGCGAUUCCGAGGAAUGCAAUGGGCAAGGUGAACAAGAAAGCUCUUGUGAAGCAAGUGUUUGGUAUUUGA